AUGGCUGAAAAUACAAAGACCGUUCGCUGGGGCAUUAUUGGUUGUGGCUGGAUUUCUUCGUGGUUUGUGUCAGAUCUUGUGUUAGAGAGGCCAGAUUCUUCAGUCAAGCAUGUCGUUCAGGCUAUCGGUUCAUCGUCUUUGACGAAGGCAUCUGAGUUUGUUGAAACAAAUUGCCCGCAAUCAUCACCAACCCUUUUUGAUAAAUACGAAGAUGUUUAUCAGGAUGAGAAUGUUGAUAUCGUGUACAUUGGUACACCUCAUUCGAUGCACUUUGAGAUUGCAUUGAAUGCGAUUAAUGCUCGCAAGAACGUCCUCUGCGAAAAGCCUUUGACCAUGAAUGCCAAUCAGGCUCGCAUUCUGAUUGAAGCGUCUCGAAAGAUGGGUGUUCUGCUGGUGGAAGCUGUCUGGACCCGGUUUUUCCCAAUAAUCACCGAGCUACAGUCGUUACUCCAUGAGCAAAAGGUCAUUGGAGAUAUCUCUCGAGUUUUCGUUGAUUUCGGACUUGAGAUGCCCCUUUCAAAGCUCCCUUCUACCUCACGAACCGCAGAUCCUACGCUUGGGGCUGGUGCCCUCCUCGAUAUUGGUAUCUAUACUCUCACCUGGGCUGAUCUUAUACUGGAAGGCUGUUUGCCAGAACCGGAGACACGCCAGGAGCCGGAAGUCUUGUCGAGUAUGAGCUUCUGCAAUGGAGCCGAUGAAAUGACGAGCAUCAUCAUGAACCAUCUAGACUUGAAUAUUCAAGUCAUUUGCACAUCAAGUUAUCGUUACAGGACAGCAGAAGAAUUCUGUCGCAUUGAAGGUUCUGAUGGAAGCAUUUCCGUUGGUGGAAUAGCGGCAUCUAAACCGGAGUUUUUGGUGAUUAAGAAAACGGGACAGGUAGAUACGAAGCGUACUUUCAAGACCUUGGGAAAGGGUUUCUGCUACGAGCAAGAUUCUGUGGGACAUGAUGUUUUGGCUGGAAGAACAGAGAGCAGCGUUGUUACGUUGAAGAAGACAGAAAAAAUGAUGAUGCUCAUGGACAAUAUUCGGUUUGCAAAUGGCUUAAGAUACAUUCCAGAUGGCGAGGGGGCACACUGA